UUAUAAAUUGGGAGACUAAUUAAAAAUUGGUGGUCAACCUAUAGGGAGAAGUGGCUAGUCACAGACUCAGCAACACCAGAAGCGCCACGUGUACACAUUCCCGCCACCUCUCUCCGCCGCGUGGCCACCCCGUCCAUGUAAAUCUACCAGAUAAACACGCUCCACUCUAUAAAAAACCGUACGGCUCCGCUGCACCUCCAUCAUCCCGAAAUCCCUCAAACCUCUUCUACACUCCGUCAAAAACACACACACACACACACUAUAAUCAUGGCUACCCACCAAGACCUCAAACACCGAACAAAACAACACGAAGAAGAAAUCAACCAACCACAAGUAAUCGAAGCAACCUCCGACGACGACGGCGAAAUGAACCGCAGAAGGCAGAAGAAAUCCGGCAUGGCGCGGCGGGGACUCCGCUCGCUGAGCCUCGCCGUGGCGCUCCCACUCUCCCUCAGCCUGAUCGACAUCUUCUACUUCGGAUCCAGCAGCCGCUACCGCACCCUCCCCAAGCCCUUCUACUUCCCGCCGCUGUGGGCGCUGCACUUGGCCUGUUUAGCCACCGCCUUCUUCUCUGGCCUGUCGGCGUGGCUUGUUUGGGCGGAGGGAGGAUUCCACCGCCAGCCCACAGCUCUGAUGCUGUACUUGGGGCAGCUCGUGCUCGGCCUCGGGUGGUACCCGAUUGUGUUCGGGGCGGGGGCAACACGGGUCGGGUUGGUUAUCUGCGGUGCCCUGUUCGGAGUGCUUGUAGGGUGUGUGAGGAUGUUUAGGAAUAUGAAUCCGAUUGCCGGGGAUUUGGUUAAGCCGUGUUUGGCAUGGGCGGUUCUUCUUGCUCUUGUCAAUGUUAGGCUUGUUUCUUCUCACUGAUAAUAUGCAGAGAACCAAUCCCCUAUGUUUGCAUGCCAGGCCACCUUUUCUUUUUUAAUAUGUAAGAAGGUUUCUGUAAGAAUGAGAUUGUUGUCUGUAUGAUAUUGUAAAGUUCUUUAAGAAAACGUUAAAAGCGUCCUAAUAAAAUUUUAAAUCUUUCAAGGGUUCGAAA